UGAACUGUGAUAUAUGGCAGACUUACAGGUGGGGUGUUGAUGAUGAUCAAACAUGGAAUAACUGCAGAAACAACAAGAGAAAAAGCAUAGGAAACUUUAGUACAAAGCUUCCUUUCUCUUUCAUAAACUUCCAUGUGUGUAUUUUCAGCGUGAAUUCAGUGUGUAUAUGAGGGUGAUGAAUCAAUUAUGACCCCACUUCAUCAAUGCAAAAACUAGGUGUCUACUUUCCGCUUCCAAACCUCACUCUAUUUUCAUCACCAUCACCAUCUUUACCUUGAAACAAAAUCGCAAAAAAAGUGAGGUAGCCUGUUGUUCUUCCUUCUUCUUAACGUUUUUGUUUGUUCAUAGUCACAUCGCCAUUACAAAUUUCUUCCGAAUUUGUGUAUAUAAUGAGUGGAUUUCGUGUUUAAUCCAUAUGGUGAUAUGGGUCUCUCACGUUUUUGCUACCUUCAUCAUAUUAUAAGCUUUCUUGAAGCAUAAAGAUUGUGUCUUUCCUCACAUUUACAGAAAAUUUCGAUUGGGUAUUGAAAUUUUAUGAAAAAACAUUGAAAAUAAGAGAUACCCAGAUGGAAUUAUGUUUCAGAGUUCAUGGGUUCGUUAGUAAAUGUUGACUUUUUAAACCCUGUGUUUUGCUGACUUUUUGAGGGUUUCAGAAUCUUGAAAGGAAAGAUUGCAUGUUUUCUAAGGUGUUGGUGAUCACAUUCUUCAAGUAAUUUGACUUCCAAUCACAUUGAUGAGAUUGGGUUUUACUAAAAUACCCAAAUUGAAUUAAGUUUCAAGAUUCAUGGGUUUUGGUAAAAAUCGGGGGGUUUCAAAUUCUUGAAAGGCAAGAUUGCAUGUCUUCUAAGGUGUUGAUGAUCACAUUCUUCAAGUAAUUCGGCACCCAAUCACCUUGAUGAAGAAAACCAGUUUGUAAUUUUCUCAAAAGUUUGGAGUGAAAUUGACAACAAAGAAUAUGAAUCUUUUUAUUUGAGGGUGUAAAGAGAAAAAGAGAAGAAGAAGAAAAAAAAAAGUGGAAAAAAGUUAUGAUUCCUUGCCACCUAAAGAAUUCUACACUUCCUUGAACUUUACUCUGUUGUAAAGCUUGUGUUUCAAAUUGGAAUUUCUUGAUUUUCUCUAAAGAGCAUUUGCCAGCUGCAUAGUUCUUGUUUGGCUCUUCUUGUUAUCAUCAAAGACCUCUAAAUCUCAGGCUGAGUGUCAUUAGCCAAAGUUGAAGAACUCCCAUUUAAAAAUGGCAAAAAGAUCAAAAAGACUUCACACACAACAAAAUAAAGAUCAAGCAGGGUGUAUGUGGGGAUUAAUUGGUCUUUUUGACUUCCGCCAUGUUCGAACCACUAGAAGGCUACUUUCAGAUAGAAAGCUCGUGAUCAAAGAUAAUGUUGCUUCUGAAUCUACCUCUGGAGUGAAUUUGAUCACGGAUUCUAAAGAAAGUCAUGUAAGCAUUGAGGACACUGGGGAAAGCAAGAACUCAACACUUGAUGCUGUAAAGACAAGUGUGAAGGAACUCAUGGAAGAAGAAAUGAUCAGUGAGCAAGAUUCCACAGAUCAAACAGAAAAAGCACCAGGCAUAUCUUUAAAUGAUCUUGAAGCUAUAAUGAAAGAAAUCUUGAUGAUUUAUCAGACUCGCCACAGUGAUCUCGAUGAAGGGCAAAAUCGUAAUUUUUCAUUUGUUGAAGAGAAACUAAGUGCGGCAAUUGAAGUGUUCAUGAAUGAAAAAUCUAGUGAAGAUCACGAGAAAACCAAAAGUUCAAAAGAUUUGAUCGAUACGUUUCAAAUGUUAACCUCAAACAAAGAAUUGUUCUUAAAACUCCUUCAAGAUCAAAACCCACUUUUGCUAAACGAAGACCAAGAGUCAAAGUCAAAGUCAAUAACGAGCUCAAUCUCAUUAGAAAAUGAGCCGAGCAAUCGUAAACACAAAAACUUCUUUAGAAGGAGGAGCAAGUCACAUGAUGUUAAUAGCCCUUUGAGUUCAAGUAGAAUUGUCAUUUUGAAGCCGAAUUCUCUCGAAAACCGAUUAAAAGUUGAUAAUAAUGUUCAUAGUGAAAGAAUCAUUUCCCAUUUUUCGUUUAUGGAAAUUAAAAAACGGUUUAAAAACGCGAUGGGAAAAGAGCAAUCAAAACCAGGAUGUAGUGAAAGAAGUGUUGAAGCAAUUAGUGGAUGGAGUUCUCCAAAUCGAGACCAUUUUUAUACCGAAAGAUUUGCUAAAAGGGUAGAAAAAAGGGUUUCAAAGUUGAGUGAAAAUGAUGAUGUCAGGAGUCAUAUAUCAAAGAUCUAUUUGGAGGCCAAGAAACAUCUAUCAGAGAUGCUAAGCAAUGGUGAUGAUGAUGCAGAGUUGAUGAUGGAGAGGCUACCAAGAACUCUUGGGAAGAUUCUUUCGGAUACUGAAGUCAAUGAGAAGAGUCAACCAUGCGUAAAUAGUUCCAAUCUUGAUGAAAAUUUGAAAGUUCAUGAUGAACUUAAUCUUGAUACAUUUGUGGAAGGUGACCCGUGUUCUAUAAUAGAAGAUUCAAAUCCAGAAGAAGCCAUAGAGAUUGAAAAACCACAAAACCAAGAAGAAAUGGAAGUCAUGGAUGUUUUUUGUGAACAUUGUAGUUCUUCAGAAAGUGCAAAUGAUGAACAACAUGAUGAGAAUGUUGAAGUAUUGGAUGAAGAAAGAUCUCCUGAAUUUUCGAGAUCGAAUUCACUUGAAGAAAAUGAGUUUUCAUCUCCAAUGAAGAUUAAAGAAAAUGAGUUUUCACCGGAAGAAAAAUUGAGACCAAGUCCUGUAUCUGUUCUUGAGCCACUAAUUUCAGACAAUGAAAUCAGCCCUGCAAACACCACCUCUAGAUAUGUCGAUGUUGCAAUCCAACCACUCUGCAUUCAAUUUCAAGAUCAAGAAACAUGUUCAAGAAACUGUCUUGAGAAUCAAGAAUCCGCAUUUGAAUACAUUGAAGCCGUGUUAUUAGCUUCCGAUCUCAACUGGGAUGAAUUUGAAAAAAGAUGGCUUUCAUCACUCCAAAUACUCGAUUCAUCUUUAUUCCACGAAGUAGAAAUCUUUUCCAAUCGACCCUCUCAUGACCAAUUACUCCUCUUCGAUUCAACCAAUGAAAUUCUCCAGGAGGUAUGCGACUGUUACCUCGAUUUCAUCAAAAUAAGAAUUCAAUCGGUUCCCAAAGGCGUGAAUUUGAUAAAUGAAAUAUGGGAAAGAAUUGAAUUGAAUCAAAGAAGCAACUAUCCACUAUCUUUGGAUCAUAUUGUAAAGAAAGAUCUGGGGAUUUCAAGAACAUGGAUGGAUCUUCGGCCGGACUCUCGAGAAAUAGUGUUUGAAAUCGAUGAUUCAAUCUUUGAAGAAAUUAUGGACGAUACCCUUUUGGACUUAAUUGAUGAUUAUAUCGAUUAUGAAAGUUGACACCACGAAAAAAUUUGGGAUAAAAUCAUGAAAAGGUUUGUUAUUGGAGUUUUUCUAACUACUAGAAUUACAUUAGUGAUCAUGUAGAGUUUGGUGUGUUUGAGUGUAUGUGUGUGUUUUGGUUUUUUUGUUUGUUGAUAUAUAUUUUCUUAUUGGUUACUUCGACAUGGUAGUUUGUAGUUAUAAACUAUAUAAAUGGGAUUUCCCAUUCCAACUAAAUAAUGCUUGAGUUUUUAUUUUUAUAGUAUUCACGAAGGAAAAG